UUAGCUGUAAAGGACCCUACAGCUGUAGAAAGAGCAAAUUUAUUAAACAUGGCUAAACUGAGUAUCAAAGGACUCAUUGAAUCAGCCUUGAGCUUUGGGCGCACUCUGGAUUCUGACUACCCACCUUUGCAGCAGUUCUUUGUUGUCAUGGAGCACUGCCUGAAGCAUGGCCUGAAAGUAAGAAAAUCCUUUCUAAGUUACAAUAAAACCAUCUGGGGUCCUCUGGAACUUGUGGAGAAAUUAUAUCCAGAAGCUGAGGAAAUAGCAGCAAGUGUCAGAGAUUUGCCUGGCCUUAAGACGCCGCUGGGCCGCGCCCGGGCCUGGCUGCGCUUGGCGCUGAUGCAGAAGAAAAUGGCCGAUUAUCUUCGCUGUUUAAUCAUUCAGAGAGACCUGCUCAGUGAGUUUUAUGAGUAUCAUGCACUGAUGAUGGAGGAGGAAGGAGCAGUGAUUGUUGGGCUCUUAGUUGGGCUGAACGUGAUCGAUGCCAACCUGUGUGUGAAGGGAGAAGACCUGGAUUCACAAGUUGGGGUGAUCGAUUUCUCUGUGUAUUUGAAGAGUGAUGAUGACAUUGGGGGUAAAGAAAGAAAUGUACAGAUUGCUGCAAUAUUGGACCAAAAGAAUUAUGUUGAGGAGCUAAACAGGCAACUGAAUAGCACAGUUAGCAGUCUACAUGCAAGAGUUGACUCACUGGAGAAAUCAAACACUAAACUGAUUGAAGAGUUAGCAAUAGCAAAAAACAAUAUAAUUAAACUUCAGGAAGAAAACCAUCAAUUAAGGAGUGAAAAUACUCUGAUUUUAAUGAAAACACAGCAUCAUUUAGAGGCAGCCAAGGUGGACGUGGAGGCAGAGCUGCAGACGUACAAGCACUCGAGGCAGGGCCUGGAUGAGAUGUACAGCGAGGCGCGCCGGCAGCUCCGCGAGGAGGCUCAGCUGCGGCAGGAUAUGGAGAAUGAGCUAGUGGUUCAAGUUAGCAUGAAACACGAGAUAGAGCUCGCCAUGAAGCUGCUGGAGAAGGAUAUCCAUGAGAAGCAGGACACCCUCAUCGGCCUGCGGCAGCAGCUUGAUGAAGUUAAAGCAAUUAACGUGGAAAUGUACCAAAAGCUGCAGGUUUCUGAAGAUGCUAUGAAAGAAAAGAAUGAAAUAAUUAGUCGAUUAGAGGACAAGACCAAUCAAAUUAAUGCAACUAUGAAACAACUAGAACAAAGAUUGCAGCAAGCAGAGAAGGCUCAAAUGGAGGCUGAGGCUGAGGAUGAGAAACUUAAACAGGAAUAUGUGAAUAAAUCUGAAAGCCUGCAGAACGAAUUCUCCCAGAAGGAGAAACAGCUGCUUCAGCUGGAAACAGACUUGAAGAUAGAAAAGGAGUGGAGGCAAACCCUGGAGGAUGAUCUUCAGAAGGAAAAGGAAAAUGUGUCUCAUCUGAGAACAGAGACCCAAGAAAUAGUUACCCUUAAGAAAGAGUUCCUUAAACUUCAGGAGAAGAACAAGCAGCUGAAAAGCACAUGUGAGGACCAGGAAGCUGCUCUCCAAGAACUGGCAUCCAAGCUGAGCGAGUCAAAGCUGAAAAUAGAAGAUAUAAAAGAAGCUAACAAGGCACUGCAGGGCCAGGUUUGGUUGAAGGACAAAGAAGCCACUCAUUGCAAGCUGUGUGAAAAGGAAUUUUCACUUUCCAAAAGGAAGCAUCACUGUAGGAACUGUGGGGAGAUCUUCUGCAAUGCCUGCUCUGACAAUGAGCUGCCUCUGCCCUCCUCACCAAAGCCUGUGCGGGUCUGUGACUCCUGCCAUGCCAUUCUGAUACAGAGGUGCUCUUCCAACGUGCCAUAAGAGAUUUAUUCCUUCUGCUGUUAGCUCAUCCUGUAAAAACCACCACACCAACUAAAGAAUGUCAACAGCAUUUCCAGACUUUGAGGUAAGCAGUGUGGAGUUGGAAUUUCAAGGUACUGUGGACGAGUUACUUCUCUGCUUCCUCUUGAAACAAAUGGAGACAAUGGGACCAAAUGUACAAAAUGCACAUCUAAAAAGAAGAAUAACCCAGAAGGGUAUGUUGGUCUGCCAAAUGCCUCAGCAGCUUUUUUGGGAGGAAGCAGGGCAGUUUAUACAGGAGACUCAGUGUUAAUGUGUGUUGGAUGAAUAUUUCAGUUGGUAAGAUGAUCUGGAGGAAGGUGAUACUCUCAUAGGCUGAUGUGCCACAAGUCCAACCUAAUCCUGUGCCUGUGACAGGCUGUUGGGAAGCAAAACCCUGCAGUAGCUGGUUUUAAAUUGUACUGGAAAAAAGCAUGGCAAUGAAUGCAGUGGGCUGAGAAGUUGUUGCCAAAUACAGUGUGCUUGUUUACCUCUCUGCAUUAGCAGCAGUUGGUACAUCCCAGAACAUCCCAGAAUAUCCCAGAACAUCCCAGAACAUCCCAGAACAUGGCACUGCAGCCGUUCUGUGCAGUCCCAGGGUGAGGGGAGCUGUGCUCAGCCAGGGCACAAACAGUGCUUGGGGCACUUCUGGAGGAAGGUGUGUUUUGCUGAAUGAUUUGUUCACAUGAACUAUUAAUUUGAUAUAGCUGUGUUUCCACUGAAAGAGAGCUGUUCAGCACAGGCCUCUUGUCUGACAUUGUCUGUAACCUUGAACAAGGCUCUGCAGCAUUUUCAUGCAAGUCAUGCUCUCCAGCUUGUACGUGUAGUCACUGCCUAGCUCUAGAAAGCACCUGGAAAGGCUGGGAUGCAGUGCUGGGGAUCACAUCCUUUCUGUGCUGCACAGGGAGCUUCUUCCUUAUUUUGUCACCAUCUUUCUCAAACCUUCAGAGCUGGUUCCUAAAUUUCAUUUUUCUGCAGAGCACUUUUCAGCCUUUCUGAGUCUACCCACUCCUGUCACUGAUGGUAACUUUUGUUGGAAUGUAAGAUCCUUGUUCUUUCCAUAGGCAAAUAGAAAUAAUAUCCUUUGAUAAACUGCUCUCACUUCCACUCACUGCCCUGCACCCUCCUCCCUUUAGCCACUCCUGGCCUGGGCUCCAGCCCUGGACCCUCCAGGAUUUCCAGCCCUGUAGUUCCUUCAGCUGUGGGCAUGGAGUAGCAGUGCUGGCAGCUAAAGGGAGGCUGCAAACAGGUCCUUUAGCUGUCCUUGCACCUUGUUUAGCUUGGCUUUGUCUCUGAGGAUAGGGAUUUAGUGAAUAUCCCAAGAGCUAACAUAGCUGUUCUUUUUAACACCUCAAUGUAGUUGCUUAUGUAGCUUUUGUAAAGAAAAUUGUUUUUAAAAUGACCUGAUGUAACUUUUUGUAAAAUACCACACAAAUACUUGUAAAUCUGUAAAUAACUUUUGGAAAAAAAUAAAUUUAAGUUAUGUGAGAAUAA